CCUCAUCACUCUUCGUAUCACCAUCACCUCCCACACCGUCGCCAAUCUAUCACAGGGUGUCGGAUCCUACACGAUGGACGAGUCGACAGCGUCCGAAUCUUCCCCUGACCCUGAACCGAUCCCGUCUGAUAUUGACAAUGUUGAUGUGUCCGGGGUGCCAGCUAUAGUGGUCGGUAUCGGCAACAAUGGCCAGAGAGAGUGCAUCGCGCCAUUUGCUCACCUUGCACUCGAUUUGCACCGCGACGCCUCGUCCAGCACAGCCUUCAUCAAGCUACGAGCCAAGUUAGCCCUGCAGGACAGGCGAAACAAGAUCAACUUGUUUUUGUUCAUGUACCCGGAGCGCAUUCAGAGUCUCGAGCUUGUCGACGAUGAUGAAUACCAGGUGCAGGCGCAGGAGAAGCUGGGCGGGAAGAACACAUAUUGUCUACGCUUUUGUCUGAAUCAAGCUGCUGCUCUCAUCGUUCCGAAGGAGGUGCUUAUGGUGCCGAAGCACGACAAGGAUGUACAGGUACUGCGUCGUAUGAAGAAACUGGCGGAGCAGAAAACCCUUGCGGUUUACUUGUCUAGUGCGACGAUGCCCAGGAGAACAUUGCUAUCGCUGUGCAAAGCGGUGAUAUCCUGUCGUUCAAUGCAGAGGCAUGCCAAUCUUACCAGUUUAUAUGGUGGCAAGGGUGGCAAGAUCCUUGAAUGUGACCAGCCCGAGCCUCAGGAAAAUGAGGGAUGCCCUCCACCGUAUAAAGAAGUUGGUCCCAGUCCUCCUUCCCUUCCAUAUCCAGCCCAGAGCAAGGACCCUGCAUUGUCAAGACGCAAGAAGCGUCGACGCGUCAACUCUGACGCCGACGCAACCACAGACGAUGAGCCCGUCAGCGUGGAAAACAUAUGCCUUCGCAUUUUCUCACGCAUGGACGAGGGCUUCAAAGCCCUGAACACGCGCCUGGAGGGCAUUGAGCACCGACUCGAAGCGCUGGAAGCGGCUCGCGUCAACACCACAACCUCUAGUCCGGACCAUAGCCAGAGCUCAAGUGAGCUGAUAGACGACCUACGUGAAGUGAUUGAUGCUAGGAUAGAUGAUGAGAUGAAUGAGGUGAAACAGGAUUUAAACAUUUGGAUGAUGGACGAGGUUGCAGAUGUGAGGGAGACGCUGAAGGGAAAUGUGAAAGAGUGGUUAGGUACUGCUAGGCCUAGAUUAGAGUUAGAAUUCGAUUUCGAUGAGACGUGAUG